AUGAGCGCUGACAGGCCCACCCCCAUCCCAUAUCGCCAGUAUGGCGACCCCGAGAGUGCCCAUGGGGCCCCGGAGUCGAAAACCGGCACGAUGCAGGCAAUGGUCGAGGCGGAUCUGCUCGACGAGCGGUACAAAGUCACCCAGCGCGGGCUCAAAACACGCCAUGUGCAGCUCAUGGCCCUGGGUGGCACCAUCGGGACGGGUCUCUUCGUGGGCUCCGGACAGGCGCUGAAUAUCGGCGGCCCUCUCUCGCUCCUCCUCGGCUACGUCUUCAUCUCGACUCUGGUCUACUGCAUCGUCACGGGCAUCGCAGAAGUCGGCGCAUACCUGCCCGUCCACGGCGGCACAAUGAGCUACCACGGCUUCCGGUACGUCUCGCGGAGCAUGGGCUUCGCAAUGGGAUACCUGUACUGGUACUCACUCGGCAUAUUGGUCCCGUAUGAAAUCGUCGCCGCCUCGCUAGUCAUCGGAUACUGGGAGAACCCCGUACCCAUUGCGGUCUGGAUCUCCAUCAUGCUCGUCGUGAUUGUGCUGCUGAACUAUCUCCCCGUCGGCGUCUACGGCGAGACGGAAUUCUGGUUCGCAGGGAUCAAAAUCAUCACACUCGUCGGCCUCCUCAUCCUCUCCUUCAUCCUCUUCUGGGGCGGUGGUCCGAACCGCCAGCGACUCGGCUUCCACUACUGGAAGGACCCCGGCGCGAUGAAUACAUACCUUGUUACCUCGAAUGGCAAUACAGGCCGGUUCAUCGGGCUCCUGCAGUGUAUCGUCAAGAGCGCGAUUGCAUUCAUCUUCGCGCCGGAACUCAUCAUCGUCACGGCGGGUGAGAUGGAGUCGCCCCGACGAAACGUACCCAAGGCGGGUCGGAGGUAUAUCUACCGGCUCGUCAUCUUCUAUAUCCUCGGCGCGCUCGCCAUCGGCGUAAUCUGUUCGUCGCAGGAUAACGCGAUUAUAAACGGGGAUACGAAUAACGCAUCGGCUUCCCCCUUUGUCGCGGCGAUCCAGAACGCGGGUAUCCCCGUGCUCCGGCAUAUCGUCAACGCCGCGAUCCUCACCUCUGCAUGGUCCGCCGGGAAUUCCUUCCUGUACAUGUCCUCGCGCUCCCUUUACGGCCUCGCCGUCUCCGGAAACGCGCCGCACAUCUUCAAGGCGUGUAACCGCUGGGGCGUGCCCUACAUCGCCGUGACAGCCUCCUCCCUCUUCGCGCUGCUGAGCUACCUCGCCGUAAACAACAGCGCAUACACGGUCUUCAACUGGCUCAUGAACUUCACAAACACCUCGGGAUUCAUCUCCUGGAUCUGCUGCUGCAUCGUGUACUUCCGCUUCGACGCCGCGAUCAAAGCACAGGGGAUCGAGAAGCCAUACAGCUCGCGCCUCCAGCCCUACGGGAUCUACGUCGGAUUGGCGUUUGCCAUCUUCUUGUUGUUGAUCAAUGGAUUCACGUGCUUCUUCCCGUCGAAUUGGUCGGCGAGCACGUUCUUCACGGCGUAUGUGGGCAUUCCGGCGUUUGUGCUGCUGUAUGCGGGGCAUCGCGUGUGGUAUUGGGCGGAUCCGUGGGUUUGGAGGGCGACCGAGGUGGAUCUUGUCACGGGGCUCGAGGAGAUUAUUGCGGCGGAGAAGCCGCCCCGGCCCAGGGAUACAUGGGGGAGGAAGAUGAUGGCUUUGGUUGAGUAG